GGCGCUACGGAGAGCGACGAGCCGUGGAGCAAGGCAGAGGGCGAUCACGCCGCUGGCCCGGCCGGCCCGGCCCUCUCUGCGCGGCUCCCGCCGGGGUUCGUGAAGGAACGGGCAGGACUGGCGGGGACUCCUAUACGGGCAUGCACAGGGCUCGGUUUGACAGCUUCUUGGGCCAGCUCCGCUGUGAACUGCUGUGUGGCCGGGACACGGCCUCACCCCCAAUGUCUGGGCCCCUGCGGCCACCCCCCAAGCCCAGCCCAAGUGUGUGGUCCAGUUACCAGCUUAGGGCCUCAGAUGCCUCAGAAGGGGACUCGGCCUGCUGUGUGGAGGAGGAGGAGGAGGAGGAAGUUGUGGUGAUGAGAGACAGGGGUGCAGCCUUGGGGGACCCAAGGGAACAUGCUCUGGACUGGGACUCUGGCUUUUCGGAAGUGUCAGGGAGCACGUGGCUUGAGGAAGAACUGCCCAUACUCCGGCGCCAACCACCCCCAGCACAGCCACCCCCUAGCCAGAGCCUCUUGGCCAGUGGCCUUCCCCUGCCCAGCAGGGCCUCUGUGGCCAGUGCACCAUCUGCCCAUCGACCACGGCCCAAGUCCACCCCGGACGCCUGCCUGGAGCACUGGCGAGAGCUGGAGGCAGAGGACUGGACAGCAGCUCUGCUGAGCAGGGGUCGCAGUCGCCAGCCACUGGUGCUGGGGGACAAUUGCUUUGCUGAUCUAGUGCACAACUGGAUGGAACUGCCUGAAGCAGGGGGCGAGGGGGGCGAGGGGGGCGGGCCCCGUGCCCGCUCCCGGCCUCCCCAGUUCCUCCUUGGCCUCUCCGAGCAGCUGCGGCGCCGGCUGGCAGGGGCACGGCGGGCAGCCAUGGCAGGAAAGCGGCUGUCAUGCCCACCUCGCCCCGAACCUGAGCUGCCUGCAGAUGUCUCACGCUUUGCCGCCCUCAUGAGCUGCCACAGCCGCCAGCCCAUCAUCUGCAAUGAUGUUGUCGGCUACCUCUGACCCUGCCCCACAGCCUGGGAACAAUAAAAGCCUUUCUUUGGACUGUC